GAGCCAGGCCCAGCCUGGAAAUGGAUGUUGUAAGUGCACAGGGGUCUAGGGGAGCAGACAGCAAAAGAGGAGACAGGAGUGUUUUAGGAAAGACUAGAGCUGCCUGAGGGUUUGGAUCAAAACUGCUUUAAAAGUCCUUCUUCAACAAGCACUGAGCACCUACUCUGGGCCAGGCAUGGAGAACCCAGAGUUAACCAGCGCAGUCCUCCCUGCGUCCCGCUCGCCGCUGCUCUCACUCCCGGCCAGGAUGGCGUCCUGUCUGGCCCUGCGCAUGGCGCUGCUGCUGGUCUCCGGGGUUCUGGUCCCUGCGGUGCUCACAGAUGAUGUUCCACAGGAGCCCGUGCCCACGCUGUGGAAUGAGCCGGCCGAGCUGCCGUCGGGAGAAGGCCCCGUGGAGAGCACCAGCCCCGGCCGGGAGCCCGUAGACACCGGUCCCCCAGUAACCCCUCUGCCUAGGGAGCCUCAGGAGCAGGCUGAGGCCGGGCUUGGGGAGGGCGGGGGCCGUCGGCGCUCCCAGCCAGAGGCCGCGUUAUUUUGGGGGACGUCUUGUGACUCUGAGUCCCGCAGCCAGGGCCCCAUCCGAGGGCUCAGACCCGCAGCCCCAGGCCCGCAGGUAACCCCUCUGCCUAGGGAGCCUCAGGAGCAGGAUGAGUCGAGGGUGGAUGCUGGACGCUGCCUGCCCCUGCUUCCUACUCUCCCCCCUGGCCUGGCUGGGCCGAACCGGCAGCCCCCACGCCUACAGUUCGUCUGUUCAGGGAGAGAAAACGGCUUUCCCAGCUCUUCUUACCCCACUUCACUCUCAGAGCGUCGGGGCGGAGUGAGGGGACAAGAGAUGGCCCCCUCUUUCCCUUUCCUCACUCUGCACGCACUCUCCCACCAACGGGUGCGUCACAGCCCCUCACUGGGACUGGGGGGCCUCCCUCUCCAGUGGAACCAGUGUCACACGCCUGGCAUCCCUGUGAUUCUCAGAGGGUCUGAGGUCCCAGGACCAGCGAGCACCCUUUUGUGGCCUGUGGGAAGACGCUACAAAGUCCCACUGGAUCUGAACCAGAGGCCUGUUCUGCAGAGCAGGGAAACUGUGUCCUGGCAGAGAGUGUGGUCCUGGGCACACAGGACCCCUCGGCAGGCUGAGGUGGAGCUGGGGCGAGGGGCGGGAGUGGAGCUCUGGGUAGCUGAGGGUGUGAAGGGCCCAGGGCCUGUGUCUGGGCAGUGCGGAAGUCCCAGCCCCACGCCUGUGGUGAGAUCCCCGUAG